GUAAGAAGCCUAACAGCUCUUCUCCGACAGCUUUACUUAUUUAUUGAAUGCCUCUAAUCCGCCGUAGCGUGUUACCAGCAUGCUCGAGAAACAAAGCCCCAUGCGUAUCGCCGUCUUUCUACGAAAGAAAUCGCCCUUCUAUUCCCUGAGGAACGACGAGGUGCUUGCCAAAGCAUGCUCCACCCUCGGUAUUGACCCGGUAGAAAGCCGUGCCAAGCUUAUGACCGUCUGCAAAUGGGACCGUCUAACCGUCUUUGUCUUUAACGUCUGGUAUGACGGCUACGACUGGGCUACGGCACACCACAAGGUCGACCUUCCCGUUGUUCUUGUCGAUUAUGGGAAGAAAGUGUCCACUGUCAAGAUAUGCAGCCAAAACUUUUGCGACGAGGUUAACCAUUUCGUCGCACGCCAGCACGAGCUCCACGGCUGGGAUAGCAAGCCGCCCUAUUUCGAGGACCAUACGCUCCCGGGCGUAGUGCCAACAUACCCAAAUCCCCGCUGCGUCAAACUUAUAGGCCCGGACGGCAUUGCGCGCCGUCAAGUGAAGACACCGCCGCCGGGAUCGACCGGCGUAUACCCGCCCUAGGGUAAUCGUGUUGUUUUUUCCUCCUCGG